CCCUCCUCUCCGUCUGCGGCCGUCGCCUCUGCCGCGGUCGCCGGGAGGAAGGUGGUGCCGCUGCCGCCAUUCCUCGACUGACUGGAAGGCACAUUCCAUCCACCACAUCCGAACAAUGUCCUACGUUUUUGUAAAUGAUUCUUCUCAGACUAAUGUACCCUUGCUACAGGCCUGUAUUGAUGGUGACUUUAACUACUCCAAGAGGCUUCUGGAAAGUGGCUUUGACCCAAAUAUUCGUGACAGCAGGGGCAGAACAGGCCUUCACCUCGCAGCAGCCCGAGGGAAUGUAGACAUCUGCCAGUUGUUACAUAAAUUUGGUGCUGAUCUCCUGGCCACUGAUUAUCAGGGAAACACGGCUCUUCAUCUCUGUGGCCAUGUGGAUACUAUUCAAUUCUUGGUUUCCAAUGGACUCAAAAUUGAUAUUUGCAACCAUCAAGGUGCUACACCCCUAGUUCUGGCAAAGCGCAGAGGAGUGAAUAAAGAUGUCAUCCGACUGCUGGAAUCGUUGGAAGAACAGGAGGUAAAAGGAUUUAACAGAGGAACUCACUCAAAACUAGAGACCAUGCAGACAGCUGAGAGUGAAAGCGCCAUGGAAAGCCAUUCGCUCCUCAAUCCCAACCUGCAGCAGGGUGAGGGGGUCCUGUCCAGCUUCCGUACCACGUGGCAGGAGUUUGUAGAGGAUCUGGGCUUCUGGAGGGUGCUCCUCUUGAUCUUUGUCAUCGCUCUGCUGUCUCUUGGCAUCGCCUACUAUGUGAGUGGGGUGCUGCCUUUCGUGGAAAACCAGCCUGAACUGGUGCAUUAAAGAAGCUCACGGGAGAGGAGACAGAUGCCAGUGUCCUGGAUUCCAGUGUUUGUUCUGUUUCUCGAAAUCUCUUAGUGCAAAGCAGCAAGGGCUGUACUGUUGUUUCUUUUUGCAUUUUUACACAUUGUAAUCCUUUUAGAAGAAUAACCUGUCUGUUUGAACUAACUACAUACUGUAGUCAAGGAUGCUGUCCUAAAGUUACCUCCAGCUCAGCCUGACUUCUUAGGAAAGGCUCUGCAUAGCUUUAUUUGAUAAAAAUGUGGCAUUGACUAACAAAUGAGAGAGAGAGGAUGAGACUAGGAAAUCCUUGCUACAGAAACCUUACCCUAACAUAAGACCAACUAGAGUGAAAUGUUUAAAGCCUGUCUUAUAUGAUCAGUUGUGGUUGGUAGUUUUGUUUUGUUUUUGUUUAUUUUUGCAAGAGCUUCUUUUCGCUAUUUACUUUCUCUGGGGAAUAGUAGGGUAGGGGGGAAAUGAAACCUUCAGCUUAAAACUUGAAGUGCUUUUUUCAGAUCUUGUAGCGCAAAUCAGUAUUGUUGGGAUCUGUUUGGUUUAUUUUAAUAUUUUCAAGUCUAGUCACAAACCAAACAGAACUUUUGAAAAGGAGCUAUAUUUUCCUCAAAAAUGAUUGAUUUGAUCUUAUACUUAUUUGUUUUUAAGAUAAGUUUGAUUUUUUUGUGUGAGCUGCUUUGCUUGUUGUUAAUAUCUGUGAGAAAUGAACUUGAGAAUUUUCAAUCGAGAAACUUUUAAUUUCCCCCUAGUGUUUAUUUCAAAGAUAUGCUAUUCAUCAAAAAUACAGUUGGAAGACUUUUUCUACUCAGUAGUUAGCAGGAAUAAAUAUUUCUGAUGUUUAAUGUCACUGAUUAUGGUGAAAAAGUCAGUUCUAUAAGCUAGCUGUGUUGUCAUGAUUAUGUCAUAGUUCAUAAUUUUUUCAUAUUAUGUGCAAUCCUCUUUAGAGGCCCUAUUAGAAUUGUCAUAACAAUCCCAUCCAUGUCAGUUAUUCUCUGAUGGAAAGAAUGGAUGGAGCAUUUCUGAGUUAACAGUGCUGAACAGUAUUGUACCAGGUGUGUUUAUGAAUGGCAAUAUUAUGUAAAUUGAAAUCUGGCCCCCAAACGAUAUUGCAGCUUUCUGCAGUGUGUUUGAAGGCCUCUUGUUAAUGAUUCUGCUAUGUUUAUAUCAUAUUAUUGGGUUAUUUAAAAAAAAAGAUAUGAAGACAUGAUUCAUUAGGUGUAGUCAGAAAAU